GUGGCGCCGCGGACUGGCAGCUUCCCUGCAGUUGAUCCAGCUUCCCGCUGCCUUCGGAAAAAGGACCGCCCAUCAGAACUCGGGAGGAUGAAAGUCAUCACGUGUGAAAUAGCCUGGCACAACAAGGAGCCUGUGUACAGCCUGGACUUCCAGCAUGCCACUUCUGGCCGGGUCCACCGACUGGCGUCUGCGGGGGUGGACACCGCUGUCAGGAUCUGGAAGGUAGAAAAAGGACCAGAUGGAAAAGCCAUUGUGGAAUUUUUAUCCAAUCUUGCUCGUCAUACCAAAGCUGUCAAUGUGGUGCGUUUUUCUCCAACUGGGGAAAUUUUAGCAUCAGGAGGAGAUGAUGCUGUCAUUUUGUUGUGGAAGGUGAAUGAUAACAAGGAGCCAGAACAGAUUGCUUUUCAGGAUGAGGAUGAGGCUCAGCUGAAUAAGGAGAACUGGACUGUUGUAAAAACCCUGAGGGGCCACUUAGAAGAUGUUUAUGAUAUUUGCUGGGCAACUGAUGGGAAUUUAAUGGCUUCUGCCUCUGUGGAUAACACAGCCAUCAUAUGGGAUGUUAGUAAAGGACAAAAGAUUUCAAUUUUUAAUGAACAUAAAAGCUAUGUACAAGGAGUAACCUGGGAUCCUUUGGGUCAAUAUGUUGCUACUCUAAGCUGUGACAGGGUAUUGAGGGUGUACAGCACACAGAAGAAGCGUGUGGCUUUUAAUGUUUCAAAGAUGCUGUCUGGAAUUGGGGCCGAAGGAGAGGCAAGAAGUUACCGGAUGUUCCAUGAUGACAGUAUGAAGUCCUUCUUUCGUAGACUCAGUUUUACUCCUGAUGGAUCUUUGCUCCUUGCCCCAGCUGGGUGUGUGGAAUCCGGUGAAAAUGUAAUGAAUACAACUUAUGUUUUCUCCAGGAAAAAUCUCAAAAGGCCUAUUGCCCAUCUUCCGUGUCCUAGCAAAGCCACACUCGCUGUUCGCUGCUGCCCUGUCUACUUUGAAUUGAGGCCGUUGAUGGAAACAGAUCAGGGAUCACGCGAGCCAGCCAUGGAACUGUUGAGCCUGCCCUACCGCGUGGUGUUUGCAGUGGCUUCUGAGGAUUCCGUGCUGCUCUAUGACACCCAGCAGCCUUUCCCCUUCGGCUAUGUGUCUAAUAUACAUUACCACACCCUGAGUGAUAUUUCGUGGUCCAGCGAUGGGGCUUUCCUGGCCAUUUCUUCCACAGAUGGUUAUUGCUCAUUUGUGACAUUUGAGAAAGAUGAACUUGGCAUUCCGUUGAAAGAGAAGCCUGUUUUGAGCAUGAGAACUCUUGAUAAAGCAAAGAAAACUAAAAGUCAGAUGCACCAAGGAUCUUCACCAGGACCCAGAUUGGGAGAGGGGACCCCCAGCAGCAGAAUACAUGACUCCAGCAGUCCCUCUACAAGUCCCUCGUCAUCUGGACAGCCUCCAGCCCCAGCAGCCCUCAAGGACACUCCUUCAGUAACUCCUGGCAUCAAAAACUCCUUGCCAGGGCCUUCAGAGGAGAAGACCCUACAGCCCAGUAGUCAAAACACGAAAGCGCACCCAUCCCGGAGGGUCACUCUGAACACAUUACAAGCCUGGAGCAAGACCACCCCCCGGAGAAUAAAUUUAACACCCUUAAAGACAGAUACACCACCAAAUUCUGUACCAACCAGUAUAAUUUCUACCUCUUCCACAGAAGAAAUUCAGUUAGAGAUGCCUGGAGAUCCUCAGGGCAGUCCUCCAGAGCUCAAGCAGCCCAGACUUGACGAGGACCAAGGAAGCCCCCAAAGCCUGGACCCUUGCUAGGACCUUGACUGCUGCCCAUGGGCCUGCUGGGCAGUGCCUGGGCAUGU